AUGUGGUUUAUUGGAACUUUAUUAACUUUAAUUUCUGAUUUUUAUGAUUAUUUUGAUAUUUUUAAUCAGGAAAUUUCCAUUUUAAGAGAAAAGAGUAAUUCCAUUUCACAAUUAAAUGAAGGUUUUAUAAAUUUAAAUGAUUUUAUUGAUCAUGAUAAAAAAACAAGUGCUGAAAUUGCAAUACCUUCAAAUAAUAAUUUAAAUAAUAAUAAUUCAACAAUAACAAGAAUUUCACAAAUUGAUGAACGUUUAAAAAAAGUUCAAGAUAAAAAAGUUCAAAUUACAAGAAAUUUAAUGAAAAAUACAGCUGAUUUAAUGGUUGCAGGUAAUGGUGGAUAUAAAGUAUGGUCAUUGAAUAAUGGUAUUAUUGGUUUAUGUGGUUGUAUUAGUUCUUUUAUUGGUUUAUAUGAAAGUUGGCCAUCAAAUGUUGUUAAAUAA